GUUGAUAACUAGAACAGUUGAUUUACAAUUUUCAGUAUGAAAGUGUUCGCUGCCAAACAAUGUGUUCGUAUGCAGUUCAACUUUGUCAAGAAUAGAAGAAAAUAAGUGAAAAUACAAAUCAAGUUAACUGACCAGCAGUGUGUUCAGAGUGAAAAAGGCUGAAAUUUAAUUUUUUUUCUAUUCAAAAAUCAUAUUUCGAGCGAAAGAAUUUCUUUGACGUAAAUCAUGCGUUGCAUUUGUGGUGCUUUUCGAAAAAUGCUUGUGUUAGAGGAAGGACAAGCAAAUGAACCAGAAGAUUUGAAGCAACCAGCAGAUGACGGAGAAAAUAAAGCUGACAACAACAACGAAAAUCAAGAUGAUGAUGAAGAGUUGGAUUUCAAUGAGCAGGAUUUCGAUGCAUUGCGAAAAGAUUGUUUGGACAAUGGCAUUCUUUUCGAGGAUCCAAUGUUUCCGGCUGUCGAUUCUUCAUUACAAUUAUUUUCAAAGGAAAUUAAUGGACGGCAGGUGGAGUGGCGGCGACCGAAAGAAAUUGUUGACAAUCCACAAUUUGCCGUUGAUGGAUUUUCGCGUUUCGAUGUAAAACAAGGUGAACUGGGUGAUUGUUGGUUUUUAGCUGCAGCAGCCGCAUUGACACAAAAUUCAAAUCUGUUCGCACGCGUGGUGCCACAUGAUCAAACGUUUGACGAACCAAACUAUGCGGGCAUUUUUCAUUUCCGAUUUUGGCAGUAUGGUCGAUGGGUUGAUGUGGUUAUCGAUGAUCUAUUGCCAACGUAUCGAGGUGAACUGUUGUACAUGCGAUCGUCGCAGGACAAUGAAUUCUGGAGUAUUUUACUGGAAAAAGCGUAUGCAAAAUUACAUGGAUCGUAUGAAGCGUUGAGAGGUGGUUCGACAUGUGAAGCAAUGGAAGAUUUUACUGGUGGCGUGACUGAAAUGUAUGAACUGAAGGAAUCUCCAUCGAAUCUAUUCAACAUUUUACUAAAAGGAUACGAACGUAAUUCGAUGAUGGCAUGUAGCAUUGAGCCGGAUCCAAAUGAAACUGAAGCUGAAACCGCACACGGUCUAAUACGUGGACAUGCCUAUUCAAUAACAAAGAUUGCACUCAUGGACAUUGUCACACCGAAUAAAUCGGGCAAAAUACAAAUGAUGCGCUUGAGAAAUCCAUGGGGCAAUGAUGCCGAAUGGAAUGGUCCAUGGUCUGAUAAAUCGGCCAUAUGGCGUCUUGUUCCGGACGAUGUUAAACAAGCCAUUGGAUUGAAUUUCGAUUCAGAUGGUGAAUUUUGGAUGACCUAUCAGGAUUGGAUGAAACAUUUUGAUCGUAUCGAAAUUUGUAAUCUAAGCCCAGAUUCGCUGUGCGAUGAAGAUGAAGAUGAACAGCUGAAUAGUGGUGACAAGAAAAAAUGGGAAAUGUCCGUGUUUGAAGGUCAAUGGAUUCGCGAUGUUACAGCCGGUGGCUGUCGUAAUCAUUUGGCAACAUUUUGGAAAAAUCCACAGUAUGUCAUCACUUUGGAAGAUCCAGACGAAGAGGAUGAUGAUGAUUUGUGCACGAUUAUCGUUGCUUUGAUGCAGAAACAUCGACGGUCCAAACAAAACAAAGGCAUGGAUUGUUUGACAAUGGGUUUUGCCAUUUAUCAACUCACCGAAAAUGAAUUUGCGGCAAACAAAUCACGCGAAUUGGACUUUUUCAAAUAUCAUGCAUCAGUCGCCCGAUCACCGGCCUUUGUUAAUUUGCGCGAAGUCAGUUGCCGAUUUAGGCUUAAACCGGGACAUUAUUUGAUUGUACCAUCGACAUUUGAACCAAAUGAAGAAGGUCAAUUUUUAAUUCGAUGCUUCUCCGAACAUAAGAAUAUCGCUGAAAUUCAACAAUCCAAAAUUUAAUGCAGACAAAAUGUUUUAGCUAUGGAUAAAAAAUAACAACGUGCACUUGAUAUGAUGUAUGCUAUUUGAAUCACUAAUUAAAUUUUUGCUGUUGACACAAUGUGAAUCAUCCAAAACAUCGUUAUUGUCUUUUGAUAUUUUAAUAAACUUUUUUGAAAUUUCCACACGCACUCAACCACAGCAAAGCAUACAAUGUAGUUUUUUUUUUGAGUGCCAAUCAAAUAGUAUACUCACUUUGUACGAUGACAUUCAUAAAUAUUUUCAUCAAUUUUUACACUCAAUUUGAAACUUAUCAAAAAGGCACGCUCUCAGAGGUAAACACAAUUAUCGAAAGAGGCAAUUAAUAGAUGACACCACAACAUAAGUUUUUCUUCACGAAUAUUUCUUUAUUGAUUGAUAUAUUGUGUAGUGUAAACCUAAUUUACAAUCUUUUGUUUUUACACAUUUAGAAAUAUGCGGAGAAAAUGGAUUUUUUUUUUAUUGAUGCACAUAAUUGGUCAUAUAAACAAUAGAGAAAAAAUUGUAAUUUUCACAAUUAAACUGUGUUCGUUUUCAAUUCAUCAAGAUUACUUAGUCGAAAAUUUGAUGGAAUCAUUUUUGAAACUUGAUAUGAAAAUAAAGCAUCAAUAUGAAUUACAGAUUUGGAUUAAUUUU